AUGAGCGCAGGCGCCCAGUCCUCCCACCCUCUCGGUGCGGAUGGCCGCGCAGAAGCGCAGCUGAGGACACUCGCUUGGCCCAGCCGGUCAAUGAUCCCGCUGUCAGCUCUCGUGUCGGUCUCCGCCUUCCGAUGGGAGGGUCACACUGGGCUAAAAACCACUUGGUCGCUCUCGCCCUCUCGUCCUCUUGCCUAUCACCUUCUCUUCCUCGCCUUCUCGCCCUCCUCUUCUCUGCCUCGCGCCCUCGUCUUUGGUCUGGGUCUCUCGCCGCCAUACUCGACCUCGCCCUCGCCACUCGUCUUCGCUAUCGGCCUCGGCCUCGUCUUUGCCCUCGCCCUCGCCCUCGUGAUCUUGCCUGCACCUCUUGCUCCCUUGUUGUGGCCCUCACUCAAGGCCUAA